AUGUCUCAGAGAAUUUAUGUUGCGGGGCCGCGAGACCCCAAUAUUCACACCCAUACGAUCAUUUUCCUCCAUGGUCGAGACAGCGAGUGUGAAGAGUUUGCCAGCGAGUUUUUCGAAAGUGAAGCCUCGACCCCUGCUGGACAGCCGCGAACCCUUCUAGAUCGUCUUCCAUAUGUCAGAUGGGUCUUCCCUUCAGCUCCGCUCUUACCGUCGGCGCGAUUUGGGGCCUCGAUGUCUCAAUGGUUUGAUAUGUGGUCCGUCGAGAACCCAGAAGAGCAGACUGAGCUACAGGAAGAAGGGUUGCAGAUGAGUGCCGGCGCUAUCCGCGACGUAAUACGACAGGAAGAAGAGCUUGUUCCUCGCCAUAACAUCUUCCUCGGUGGCAUAAGUCAAGGCUUCGCUACUGCUCUGGCCACUUUCUUCUCUGACGGUCGGGAGCUCGCUGGUUUAAUCGGACUCUGUAGCUGGAUGCCUUUGUGUGGCGUUGCGAACGGCCUAAUCACAUCGAAGCAUGAAGAAUCCGUGCUGUUCAAUGCGUUACAGGAUGUCUACCUAGGCCAGCCUCCUGUUAAUCGGGUUGACCCAGAGGUUGUUAAGUCGACACCCGUGUUUCUAGGUCAUGCAAUCGACGAUGAAGUCGUCCCCAUCAGAAAUGGAAAACAAAUGCGGGACAUUCUUCACGAUCUGAACCUUAUGGUCGAGUUUCAUGAGUACCAGGACGGGGGACAUUGGAUCAAUGAGCCAGAUGGAGUUGAUGGCAUUGUGGACUUCGUCACUAAGAUCUGUACAAACUGA